CGUCAACUGUCAAAUCGAGACGAAGGCUCGCUUGAUCUUGAAUCUCAAUGCGAAAAGCAAUUCAAGUUGGAAGAUUCAUGAUCGUUUCCUACGCUAUUUCGACGGUUUUCUACAACACCGGUCAACAAGAAUUUGAAAACUUUAUAAUAUUUCAUUCACUCGUAUAUUACGUAAAUAAGUUACAUUGCUGAAUAACUUGGAAGUUUGUUGUGAUCAAAAAAUCUUUACAAAAAGAAGCCGGUGAUGAUGACUUAUACUCGAAGAUUUUUUAUUUAAACCAUGGCUGUUUAUAAAGAGGGUGUAUUGUGGGCCCGUGGCGGAUGUGGAGCGGCGGUGCGUCGGGGGCACUAACUCCAUAACUUGCUAUUUGUCGGUUUGUACGGGAAAUUAUGCAGGUGUGUCAUUUCCAGCAUCUCUUGCGGCAGUUCGACAAGAACGAGCCGGGCCGGUUCUUAGGCGAGGGCGUAUCAUUUCGCGCGAAACUAAUCGGCGUGCUCGAAGUGCCCGAGGCCCGGGGAGACAGGAUGUGUCAGGAAGCACUAGCGGACCUGAAGAUGGCCAUCCGAGCGGCUGGAGAACAUAAGCAGAGGAUACAAGUCCACGUCGCUAUAGAUGGAUUGAGGCUACGGGAUGACAAAACUGGGGAUUCCUUGUAUCACCAUCCUGUCCACAAGAUAUCGUUCAUCGCCCAAGACAUGACGGACUCAAGGGCGUUUGGCUACAUAUUCGGAUCUCCAGACACCGGCCAUCGGUUCUUUGGCAUCAAGACUGAUAAAGCUGCUAGUCAAGUAGUUAUAGCAAUGAGAGACUUAUUCCAAGUAGUGUUUGAGCUCAAGAAGAAGGAAGUGGAGAUGGCUAAACAACAGUUGGAAGGCAAGACAGUCACCAGCAGUUUGGUCCGACACGCGACCAACGCUUCUACUGAAAGCAAAACUAAGAGUAUUUCAUCAGUUGGUGAGACGAGUUCCACCACAGCCAAAACUGCGGACGUUGGCGCUGAGGGGGGCGUGGCCGAGUUGGUAGACUUGGAACAGGAGCUCAGCUCACUAAGAAGAGGUCUAACUCAAGUCGAAGGUCUCACGCCUUCCAAUGAUCCUUUCGGCGACUCCUUCACUACUCUACCAUCACAGAAGGGUUUACUCCCUCCUCCCCCCUCUGGUGCGUCUACCCGCGGGCGUAGUACCCCGGCCGCGCCUACAUCAGCUCGAGGGGUCUUCAGCCCCGGCAAAGUGGCCCCAGCUCUUCCAUUCGACCUCGCCACCGUUGCCGCAGAGUUUGAACCCACACCCGCUCUCGUCGACAACCUGGCUGAACCUCCGGAGCUCAAAAAUCCGCCAAAGAAAGUGCUCAAAGACCUCGUGUCGACACAGAGUCUAAUAUCAGACAUAUUGCCGGUGACCACAGACACUAAGAUAGAGCAUUACGGGCCGGCGACGACGAUGACGUCACUGUCGCGGCACUCGGGCGGCUCGGUCGCGAUCGUCAAGCCGACGCAGACUGCCAUGUUCUCGGGGAACUUUUUCUCCGCCGACCCGUUUGCGGAGACAGACCCUUUCGAUAACACUGAUCCGUUUUCGGAUUCAUUCAAAGACGAUCCCUUCACAAGUAUGCAGGAGUUCCCGAAGUCGAGUGUACUCAGAGUAGAUGAGCUCAAGAGCAAGCUGGGCAGGGAGGCGACGCUGGACAAGUCGGAGCCGGAGCCCGGCAACGUGUUCAACGGGCCGCUGCAGGUCUCCCUGCCGCCGGAGCCCGCGCCCAAGUCCCCGCGACUGCAGAGACAGAGCACAGAGGGCAGCACGGUGCGCCAGAGGCCCCAGGCCCACAAGCUGAGUGCGGAGAGUGCGUCCCCCCCACCGCCGCUGCCGCCGAAGAAAGUGUGUGAGCUGGGAGGGGCCCGGCCCCCGCCUCGACCCCCACACGACCACGAGGAUGAGGACGUCGGCCCUCCGCUACCCAAACCUGCCAUGCGGCGAGAACCAUUGGCGGACCGCAGCAUGAAGCCCCGCCUGUCGUCGGGCGCUACGUACAGCAGCGAGGACGAGUACCUGACGCCGGCGCCCCCGCCGCUGCCCACCGCCAGGCGGUUCGACAUCACGCUCAGCCAACUACUCACGUGCACCAUGGAUGAACUGGCUCACAGAUUACGAGUUCCUGCCACGACCUUGUCCUCUAUGACGCUACCUCAGCUCACCGAGUACCUCAGAUCCUACUUAGCUGCCGAUAAUGAUAGAGCGCAUAUACACGUAGAACCAGCAAUGAAAACUGAAAAGGAGAAACCAAUACCGGUAAUAUCAGCGCUACCUACAUCAAGCAUACAGCAGCUUGAGAAGCCAACAACCGUCGCGAACGAUUUCAAACCGCAAUUCGAAGACAACUUCACUCCGCCAGCUGACAUAAGCGACACAUUCGUAGCUAACUUCGAUGACUUUGACAAGAAAGCGAACCCUUCAUACGAUAGAUACGCCGCCUUUAGAGAAAUACAGGAAGAAGAAUUGAAAGCGAAAUCGAUUUUAGACCCUAUUGACGCGUUAGAAAGUGAACCAAAGCAGGAUUCGGAUGAAAAAGAAUUGACUGCUAUAGAUAAUCUUAUGAGAGCCAAUCAGGAACGAGAAAAUGAUGGUAAAGAACCAGCCCGUAGCCCAUUGAAAACAUUAGACGAAUUAACACUAGAUUCCUUUAACAUGUUCCGUAACUCUGUAAGUCCAAAACCGUCGCAGAUUGAUGCGAAGAUUGAAGAUAUUAAAUCUGUAAUGAAGACGCUACAGAUAGAGAAGUCUAGAAGGAGCGUGUCGCCGCGGGAUAACGGACAUGUUGAUGUUAAACUCGAAGAUACUAAUGAUAGGUAUGCAGCACUCCGCGAAAUCACUAUAACAGAGCCACCUCAAGAUGAAUUCGAGUCCCUACCGCCGGAACUACCGAAAGAAAGAAAGAGGUCGGAUGAGAAAUCCGACGGUUUCGAUAAUUCCGACUUUUUCGACUGCAUCGACAAUAGUUCCCUCUCUUUUACACACGUAGAGGAUGCUUUUAGGAAGAGCCCUAUCGUGAAAGAGAGAGAAGAAGAGAAGAAAGUUGAGGAGAAGAAAGAGCCGGUCGUGGAGAUUGUUCCGUUACCUGUGAGGGACUUGGCCCCGCCCACCAGACUGUCCACUGGGUCUAUUAGUGAUGUGGUCAGCGGGUCCUCGCCCGAUACUAAAGAGAAACUGGGCCCGGUGGUUGUAGGGGCUGGGUGUCGCGCGGGGUCUGCGGGGGCGGGUGGGGGCGCGCGCGGUGGUCGCUGGGCCCCGCUGGGCGCGGCGCCCCCGUCCGCGGGGUCCUCCGACUCGCGCGACUCCGAGCCCCGCGCGCGGCCCCGCCGCCGACAUCACGACCCGCCCGCACGGGCUCCCAUCGUCCAAACAUCGUCAUCAUCGCGCGAUGUCUCUCCGUGGGAUGAAGAGCUGCCUCCCGUCACUAGACUGCAGAGACCACCCUCACAUAGAGACAGAGACUCCAGACACAAUUCUUCCGGCUCAAGAGAAUGCCUAGACUCAGGUAGUGGACGAGAAAAAGAGAAAAUCCGGGACAAACGUGACAUGAGAGACAGAGAAAGGGACAUGAGUAGAGAUGGCAGAGACUCCGCUAGAGAUAGGAGAGACUCAGCCAGAGACUCUGGCAGUGGGCGGGAUCGUCGUGACGUCAGCAAGGAAAGGGACCAUAGGGAUCAUAGAGACAGGAGAGAUCGUAGGAGUAGAGACAGAGAGAAUGAUUCGUGGGACAGAGAUAGAACAUACAGCAGGGAAAGAGAAUACAGGGACUCGAGGAGUAGAGAGAGACUGCCCAAAGACUAUAGAGACAAGGACAGGGAUAGACACAGGAAACCUAGGCACUCUUAUGAUGAGGAUGAAGAUUACAGUGACGGGUGCGGGUCGGGACGGUCGUCGCCCAGAGACCGGUGGCCAGACCAACGCUGGAGAAGAGACGAAAGAAAUUAUGGAUCACUCGGUUGGCGGGAGACGAGACGUCGUGCUGAAUUGCGACAAAGCGAAGAUUCUGCUGAAAGGAGGUACGGGUCGACGUUGGGUUGGUCGGGUCGUCGUUCGGGUCCGCGACGGUCGUCGUCCCGCGAGCGCGAGGCGGCGCGCGACCCGCCGCGGGAGUCGCGGCGCCGCGCCCCGCGGGACGACUCGCGCCGACCGAGGGACUAUCGCUUCUCCAACGACUUCUCACCCAGGGAACGAGAACACACAUCGCCUUUUGAUAACGACUUCCACGAUACACCCACACCUACUGGCAAGAAACGAGCCCCUUAUUCCACUCUAGAGGGCACCAGAUUCGCUUUCGAGCCAGAAGACGUGACCGUGUCCCCUGUAUCUGUGAGCAGCGCCCGCGCCCGCGACAGCGAGCAGAGCGCCACGCGGUUCCGGUUCGACUCGGAUUCCAUAUCCCCGCGCUCCAUGUUCGAAGAUGACUUCGCCGCGGCGCCCCGCCCCAGAACAGCCUCCAUCGCGGAAGAGGAGGAGGGAGACCUCCCUCCCCUCCGCCCCCGUCCUCCUCCCUCCAACAACCGGGAUAUUCGUAAGUCUGACUCUAUCAACAUCUUCACUCGGGAGUCAGAUCCUUUCGAAGGCGACGCGUUCUUCGCAUGCACUGGAUCCGACCGCGCGGCGAGACGAGAGAACUGGCCCGGGGACUUCCAAGGCUUUGACAAUGCGUGAGGUCGUGAGGUCCGAUUCCUCCAAGACUUGCCUACUGCGCGCUCAGGCAUAGUGGGAAAGGGAGUAAUCGCUAAAGCUGGUAAGAAAACUAUUUAUUACAGUUUUUAUAUUAGUGAGAGUCAGAAACAGCACAGUCACGAACAACCCGAGUCCCACUCUGAGUAAAACUGUUUGCUAUCAAUUGUAAUCGCUGACGUCUCGUACUUUUAAAGUUCCUAACGUUGAGUCUCGAAAUCAAGUUCUUAUUUCGAAAGAAGCGAGAGCUUAGCGUAUGAGAUUUUGUGACUAGGCAAUUUUGAUAUUUUAUUAACGAACAGAUUACAAAUGAAAGCAAGUAGUGAUGAAGUGAAAACGUUAAAACAAAAAGUAAAAGAGGUUUAAUGUUUGAACGAGUCUUGCCAUAGACAUAAGAUUUUUUUGGAUCUCGUGUACCCUGUAUAAUUAAAAUCUCCCUAUCAAUGUUUGAAGUAAUCACACAGUCACACAAUCACACAAUCACACAAUUUUACAUUGUUACGCAAUCAAUUUAAUUGUUGAUGUGUAUUUUAUAAUUUCAAUAACAUCUUGUUUAAAGGGCUGGGUUUGUUCCCUUAGUAUUGAAUGUGUGACAAUGUAAAAUGCAUCUUUUUGUUAUAUAUCGUAGGUUUAAGAUUACAUGCCGCUAUUACCUAGUGUAAAAAUGUAUAACCGCUGACCAUUGUCACCCUAGUAUGUAUAUUAUGUAUGUACAGUAUGAGUUGUGGAAAACUGCGGAACCUUUAAAAUAUGUAGACU